CCACCGGUGUGCCAUUGUUCUGCCUCUGCUGUGGCUGGCAGUGUUUGGUGUCCCAGCCGGUAUCCAAGUGAGGAAUCCCUGUUUGCCCCUUACCAGAGUGCUUUCUGUGUUCAUGGUUCUGUUGCAUGAGUGGUUCACUUGCACUGUAACACUGCUGUUUUGCCCACAUUUUUAUGUUCCAUUUGCCCUGACCAUUUAGUUUUUAUUCUGCAAAUGUUUUUGCCUGUAAUGGUGGUUUUGAUUUAUUUUGCCUGACGCUUUAAUUCAUGAAGUUUGUUAGAGUGGUUUGUUUUGCUUUGAUCAGGUCAAUUUUCCUUUGUUAUCUGUAGGGCUGAAUUUGUUAAAACCAACUGGGUUUCCUUACCUUACUUUGUUAUUUUGUUACCUUGUUUAUUUGAUGACAUGUUGUUUUCUGACCAUUUUUUUCAUUAUUUCUCUAAGCAAGGUGCCAUAUUGUUAGGAGUGUAGGCAGCCGUGGUGAGUUUCCUUCACUUUUUGUAUGUGGUAUAAUCUGCACUGAACCUGCACUAGUUGCAUUAAAUAGAUGAAAAUUAUUCAAAUAAAAGCUGAAACUGUAAUACCUAUUGAUUAACAAAAGUAAAGUUGAGAAGUUUUGUGAUUUUAUUUCAAUAAUGUAAAGUGCUUUGUAACUCAGGUUUCAUAUAGCUUUACUUACUAUGUACAAUUGUUCAGUCAACAGUGCAAAAUGUAGCUUCAUAACUGCGUGCUCUGCAAUGAAACAACAUGAACUGCCUCAAAAGGAGGAGGAAGAGAAAUUGUUAACAGUUGCUAUUGCUUGUUCAAGAAAUCAGGAAGUAUAUCACUAGACGAUGCAUUGGUGUUGCAUGUUCGUCUGUCAAACUCUACACCUGCAACUCUCUGCAACAUGGCCGUUCAUCUCAGAAUUCUUGUCAUCCUCACGGCACUCACAGGAAUUCACAGCGUAACUACAGUCAGUGAAGUGUCAGUGAAGGCUGGAGGCUCAAUCUCUAUCCCAUGUCUGUAUGAGCCACGAUACAGAAACAACGUGAAAUACUUAUGUAAAGGGAGUUCUUGGACCUCCUGCUCAUAUGUAGUUAAAACAAACACACAAAGUUCAGGAAGGUUUUCAAUCUCUGAUGACAAAACCCAAAGAAUCGUCACUGUGACCAUGAAAAAUCUGAAGGAACAGGACACUGGUUAUUACUGGUGUGCUGUGGAGAUUAACAAUGGGGGAGAUGACAGACAGUAUUUCCACCUGUCAGUCACCAGAGAUACACCCGCUCUCAAUGUGGAUCAUCAGGAGAUUCAAGGACUUAUUGGAGAAGAAAUAACCAUCAAGUGUCAUUAUUCUAAACAUGGAGUAAUAAAGUGGUGCAGGCUGGGCAGAAACUGUGUGACAGAACCAUCUGGAUCAAUAGAUGGAACAGAAGUGAUCAUUGAUAAGAGAAUUCCCAAUGUUUUUACUGUAACUAUGAGUGGACUGAGGACAGAGAACAGCGGCUGGUAUUGGUGUGACAAAGGAGGUUUCCAGAUGCCGGUGCAUUUAACUGUCACAGAGAAACCGACCACUACCACUGUUGCAGCAACAACACUCUUAACCACCACUGAGCCUGAGAAUCCCCCCACUGGUUCUGUAGACGAAGAAACUACCACAGCUCAGAGUGAAGAGCAAAGUGCUUCAGUUUCCCCAAGGACCCUCAUCAUUCUUUUGAGCUUGUUGAUCUUCAUCGCAUUUGUAACCAUGUUCAUCUGGUUUAUGUUGAAAAAGCACAAGCAGGCCAGAGCUGCAGCGUCAGCCACAACGGCUUCGUGCACAGAGAGCAAUGUGGAUGUGGUGUACAGCUCUGUGGUUUUCAACAAGCCAAAAGGUUUGCAGAAGACUUCAUACACUCAGAGCGAUGUGGAAGUGAUGUACAGCUCUGUGGCUUUGAAGAAGCCAAAAUCUGUCCUAAAGGUCGAAGCAAAUGAUGACAGUGUUACAUCCGGCACAUUGGUUUAGCACCAGCACAGCCUUCAGCCACAUUUCCUCUGUUUUUUCUGUCUAUGUUAGUCUACUUAGAUGCGUUCCUUAAUUGAUAGUGUUGGAUUGUGUUAUCUGAUGUCAUUAUUCAGUUGUGAAGUAACUUCUCUCUACUGGUUCCUGUUUUGCAUUUAAAGAAAGCUUUGUCCUGUUUACCUGUCUGGUGUUAAAGGUCACAUUAAGCUUGUAUGUGUUUUGAAUUUAUAAGUAUAUGUGUAGGUUUACGGAGGAUUUGUCCUCGCUGCAGCAGACCUGGGUUUGAGUCCCGGCCUUUUAUUUGCUGCGUGUAACUACCGUUCUCUCUCAUCCUAUUCUCUGUAAUGUCUUCAAGCUGUUCUAUCAAUAAAGCCAUAAAGGCCAAAAAUA